UUUGAAGUAUUAGCAGAACAGAUGAAGAACUUAAGGGUGAAGAUGGAGCUGGUGGAUGGAGUCCUCCUCCCGGACACCACCGUGGAGAUGUGGGACCAGUUCUGGAACUUUCAAGCGCGUGAAGACGAUAUCCUUAUUGCUACAUACCCUAAAGCCGGUACCACAUGGACGCAGGAGAUUGUGGACCUGAUCCUAAUACAGGGCGAUGUGGAGAAGAGCAUGCGGGCACCCUGCUUUCUUAAAGUGCCCUUCCUAGACCUGAACGCGAAACCAUUACCAUCAGGAGUGGAAGCUGCAAAUGCCAUGCCAUCCCCUCGUCUGCUAAAAACACAUAUGCCGAUUAAGCUGCUGCCACCAUCUUUCUUGGAGAAGAACCCCAAGGUCAUAUAUGUGGCCAGGAAUGCCAAGGACUGCAUGGUGUCAUACUACUACUUCCAGAAGAUGAACAAGGGUCUACCAGACCCCGGGACCUGGAAUGAGUACUUCUCAACCAAAAAAACAGAAAAAGUGCCUUGGGGAAGCUGGUUUGACCAUGUCAUCGGCUGGUGGAAUGCAAAAGACAAACACCGGAUUCUCUACGUGUUCUUUGAAGACAUGGUCGAGGAACCAAAAAGAGAGAUAAAGAAGAUCCUCCAAUUCCUGGAGAAAGAUGUAUCCGAGGAGGUCUUUGAGAAGAUCCUUCAUCACACAUCAUUUGAGAUAAUGAAGGAUAAUCCAAUGACCAACUAUUCUGUCCUACCUCCUGAAGUGAUGGACCAGUCUGUCUCCAAAUUCAUGAGGAAAGGCAAAGUCGGGGAUUGGAAAAAUCACUUUUCGGUGUCUCAGAACAUCUUGUUUAAUGAAGAAUAUAAGAAGAAGAUGGAAGAGAGUGGACUGACCUUUCGAGAUGAACUAUGA